ACAAGUUUCUGUACUUUAUGGCAAGAAUGGUCAAUAAACUGACAUGGAACUCUAGCAGUAUCGUUUCUAUUUAUAUUAUUCUGUUAAUUUUUGUUAUUUAUAGUGCUUGUGGACAUAGAAUUUGCAGUCAUGUGCAUCCCAAACAUCAUGAGGUGCUGCACACGAAAAUUGAGUCAGAACAUGUGAUGAAGAAGAGGAAUGCUGAUCAGUCAUUGAGAAUACUCCUGUUCUAUGACCAAAGUGUAUACAGAUUGGAUGAAGAAAGAUUCAAGUUAAUCAACAACACGAUAUUACCAGAGGCAGUGACAUUCUGGGAAAGAGCUCUGUUCGUGAGGAGAACUGAAAAUGUUAUUCGACUGACGAGGAAAUGCAGUGACACGCAAGUUUUCGUCAAAGAUGGCUGGACGCAUUGCAUAGAUACUUGCAAAGAUAAAACUAUGUGCGGCGAAGUUGAAGUUCCCGAAGACCAUUUGGACGCUUGCAGGACAUGCAAUUCCACAGGACAAAACUGCGGGGUGGCUCAAAACUCCCGCCCCGGCAAAGGCAUCCCGGAUUUCGAUUUCGUUUUUUACGUUUCCGCCAUCCAAACCGAAAGGUGCAACAAGUCCCUCACAGUGGCGUACGCAGCUCAUUGUCAACAGGAAUCUGCUUUGGACAGGCCAAUCGCUGGACAUGCCAAUCUUUGUCCAAACAGCAUCAGUACGAAACGUCAAGAGUUGGAGACUCAAAUGUCGACUGUCAAACAUGAAAUUCUCCAUGCGCUAGGCUUUUCAGUUAGCCUGUACGCCUUUUACAGAGAUCAGAGAGGAAGUCCUCUGACUCAAAGAAUAUCUGAGACGGGAAAGCCACCCCUCAACGAAUCGCUCCAGACAUACCAGUGGAGUGACAAAGUGAUAAAAACGUUCACAAGGCCGAAUUGGCUGGUUAAAGCAGGUUACAUUAAACGGGACGUUCAAAUCAUGGUGACGCCAAAUGUAGCAAAGGAGGCUAGAGCGCACUUCAAUUGUUCCGAACUGGAGGGAGCUGAAUUAGAAGAUCAAGGUGAGGAAGGUACGGCCCUGACGCAUUGGGAGAAAAGAGUGUUUGAGAAUGAAGCUAUGACGGGAACACACACGCAGAACCCAAUUAUUUCUCGUAUAACUUUGGCACUGAUGGAAGAUACAGGGUGGUACAUAGCAAACUACUCAAUGGCUGAAGAUAUGUCUUGGGGAAGAAACUUGGGGUGUGAUUUCGUACUGAAGAGUUGUAAGGAAUGGAUCACAACGAAGUCUGCAAGGGGAUAUUCCAUCCAUCCAUUCUGUAAUAAAGUGAAGCGGGAUCCACUGCAAACUGAAUGCACCGAUGACCGUACAUCUGUGGCUCUAUGUAACCUUGUCGAACAUAAAGAAGAAUUGCCAAUGCUGUACCAGAACUUCGAUUCUAUCCAGUAUGUUGAUAGCGGUAGGGAAGGAUUCUACGGAGGUUCAGUCUCGCUAGCAGACUAUUGUCCUUACAUCCAAGAAUUCACUUGGAGAUCGAAAAAUGUCGUGGUGAGAGGAUCCCAUUGCAAAUAUGCUGAAAACGAUCCGAAGCCGGAUAAAAAUUUUGCCCUCGAAAAGUAUGGGGAGAAGUCCCUUUGCUUUGACCAUACCAACCAUAUGUGGGAGGAAAGAUCUUGUAGGCAAAUGCGACAAUGGCAACACUGGGGAUCAGGUUGCUAUGCCUAUAGAUGCGAGAAUGGUAGAUUGCACAUUCUGGUGGGAAAUUAUUCUUAUGAGUGUUUCCAUGCAAAUCAAGAGAUUUCUAUAAGAAUAAUCAGCACUGGGUGGCUGCACAAGGGUGCUAUCGUCUGUCCGCCAUGUAGAGAAAUAUGUGCCAAAGAGUUCGAAUCAAGAGGUGAGAGUUGCAAAAUUGGCGACGAAUCUCCCCCUUCCACUUCUUACCCUAGAGAUGACCUUCAGUGUGGUAGCAGUGUUGCCAAAGCGACUAGUUUAUUACUUGUCCUAUUAUUGUUUCUACCUCUUCUGUCAAAUGCCUGAAAAAGAGUUGGUGUACCUUUAUUGUGUCAUAGUCAUAGUUAAUUUGAUGUUUUCACAGGGCAUCAUAAGUCAGGACUGAUUAUUAUUUCUUUCCCUUCAUUUUUGCAUCUAGCUUCUAUUUAUUUGUUCAACUAGUUUUUUUUUGAAUUUCCGAAGUUUCCUACACCGAGAAGAAUGGGUAGCUAUGUCUUGGUCAUGAUGCCAUGAUGGAAACCAAGGUAAUAUGGUUUUGAAAACGUCACCAUUAGAUGUGUUUCUAUUACGCCCUCGAGGCCAGAUAAAAUCAUUCUUUGCUGAAUAGAAGCCAAAUUAUGAUUCAACAAUUGCUCAACUAACAACUGAACAUAUAAGAUGAUCAUCAAUUGGUCAUAAAGGAGGUACCUACUGCUUUUCUUGAAUGUUUGUUUUAGUCAUAAUGUUGAAAUGAUAAUUGCAAAAACGACUUCAUUCAUGCUGAAAAAUAUUGACAAUACUCCUGGUCAUGGCAGCUAUUUUUUGUAAUGCGAGUUAUUUGGUGACCAUUUGCUCUGGAUAUUUUUUAGACAGCUAUCGGGCAAGCCCAAAGUAUGAGCACAAAACAAUUGGAAUGGGCUUGGACGUAUAUAUAUUGAGUAUCACCAAUGAUUUGUUGCCUAUUUCGCCAUACGAAAUCGUCUAUGAAGGUGAAUUAACAGGUGAAUUAGCAUAUAUAAAUUUAUGUAGAAGUAUGCCUAGAUAAGAAACAUAAUAGGUAUUUCACUGCUAUUAGCGCAAUGGGUCGAAUUUGAUUCCCUGUUAGAGCAACAAAUUUAUUAUGAGAAACGGCUGUGGAUAGUCCUAUACAAUUCACUUUGAUCUGCUCGUAGGGUGGCGAUUGUAGUAAGUAACAAGGCCUACUCAGAAUUGAUUAUCCAGAACACUGGGCUGAAGGACGUCGAUUGAGUUGAUAACCUUCAUGGGGAAUUUGUUGCAAUACUUUCUCCCAAUCUGGGGAUAUACCAGACUUUAAAAGUUCAGCCCUGGUGUUGAGCAAUCUGACAAGACCUAUUCCGUCGGUGGUCCAGCGGUUAAGCACGAUUUUCUCAUAAUCUAUAGGCAUAUCAAUCGCGAGUUCGAUUCAUGGGCGCGGUACUUGGAUUUGUAUUCAACUAUGCUGUAUACAAUAUAUAUCGUACGGUUCGUCAGCCCUUAUGCCACCGAGGUUUGGGUCUACUUGUAUAAACUGUAGACACCCUGUCACCACAACUCGUACAAUCCUUUCGAGUGUUUCUGAAGGUUGUUUAGGCAACCAGGGUGAUGAGUUCCAACUAUUAACGAAACUUUUUUCAAUACAAAUAUGAUUAUGCUUAGUUUUGUCUGAUGCAAUCGAUCCUUAUGUUCUGAUCUGUGUGCUCACCAUAUUAUGUCAAUUUGAUCCAACGCAUUCCUUUUGAAUAACUGAGUAGGUGAUUUCUUGAAUAAAGUAUAUAUUGUC